GAGAGGACAUCCCAUGGUUGUUGAUCAUUAGCCCGAUGGCUGCAUGGCCGAAGCUGAGGCUUCUGGAAGUCCGACCCGUGUUGUUUGCAGUAUCAGGCGGAUUCGUCGGUCCAUUGCGGUGCAUAGCCACACCACACUUGCCACCGCUAGGUACAAAUCGAGGAUUGCGCUUGUCAUAUCGCAGGCAGCAUCCUGCCAAAGUUGGAAUGGGACGUAGCAUGACAAUGCAGCCGAUAGCGGGUAGUCCAGUCCCGAGUUGCCGACACAACGGCGAUCGAGUUUGUGCUCCGGCCGCGAGACCGCCUUUUGCAACCAUCGUAGGGAGAUCUCGUGUCGGACAGGAGUCCCCGGCCAUGUUUUGAUUUGGGUCGGAUGGGGCGCGCGAGACCUAACGGGGCAGGGGGGUUUGCUUCAUUCGGUGACCACGCCUUUGGCCAGACGAGCCGACUGCUCCAGUGCCAUGCCCUGCUGGUCGUUGGCAAGGAGCAUGGGGUGAGGCAGAAACAAUCUGUUGC